CAGUACGACCUGUCGGAGGACGGCGGCUUCCUCCCCGCCAGGUGCUUGCGCCGCCUGCCCCCCGCCUACGACGCGCUCGAACGCCUGGUCGAGGAGCUGCCCGCGCUGAACCGCGAGGGCGCCCUCUGCGCUGCCGUGGACGGCAUGGAGGAACUCGCGCCGUCGCUGCUGGCCGGGGCGGCGCCCGAGGAGCUGCGCAGGCUCUACCUGCUGCUCGGCAUGCUGGGCCACUCGUACGUGCACGGGCGGAAGGACUCCAGCGGCGAGGCGGCCGGCGGCGGAAGCGCAGUCUGCCCGGGCGGUCCGGACCCGCCCUUGCCGGCCCAGCUGUCGAGGCCCUGGCUUCAAGUCUGCUGCUUGCUCCGCAUGCCGCCCGUGCUGACGGCGGCCGCCACGGACCUGUGGAACUGGCAGCUGAAGGACCUCGCCGAAGACUCGCUUCUUUUCGUCGCCCACAUGGUGCCCUGCGCGAUGCAGCGGGCGGCCGCUCGGGUGGUGCCCCGGCUGUUCCUGGCCGACCUGCUCGUCCGCGGCGGGCGCGGGCCGGCCCUCGCUGCGCUGCUCGGAGAGCUGGCCGCGGUGCUGCGGACCUUCCUGCGGAUCUUCCAGCUGGUGGGCAAGCUGGUGGACGUGGGCACGUUUUACAACGUGUACAGGCCACUGCUUGACGGCUUCUAUCCUGGAGGCAUUGUCCUCUGCGGCAUAUCUGCCGACGCCGCGGCCGAGGCAUCCUCCUUCCUCAAGGUCGAGAGCGUCGAGGCCGAGGCUCCCGAUGGCGCAGCUGUCCGCGUGCGGUGCAAAGGGCCGAGCGCUGGGCAGAGCACGAUGUUCAUACUCUUCGACGCUUUCCUCUGCGUCGAGCACGAUGCAGUGGGCGCGGAUUUCCAGACAGAGAUGCUGUCCUACAUGCCCGAGCAACACCGGCACAUGGUCGCCGCCUUCAGGAGGAGGUGGCAGGACGUACCCUCGGUAAGGGAGUUCGUGCACGCGCAGGCGGACGAGGUGGGUGGCCCGGCGCUCGCCGAAGCGUACCGGGGGUGCGUCAGCGCCCUGCGCAGCGUGCGCCAGGCCCACCUCGCCACCGUCACGCAGUACCUCGCCAGUGCCAGCGUGGGCACAGGCGCCAGCCAGUGGAGGGCGAUGCUCCAGGCCACGCUCGAGAGUACCGCCAGGGCCGCCUGCAUCCCCCGCCGCGUCCAGUGA